GUUUCGCUUAAAUAUAUGCUAUGCGGACAUAAAAUUGUUGAGAAAAUCCUAAGGGGGUUUCUGCAUCGGCGAGGGAAAAAGAUUGAUCGAGAGCUAUGAAUCCUGUGAUCGCUUCACCGAAUGAGGAGAAGAUCUCGAAUUCUAAGAGUACCGUUCGAGAAGCAGUUUAUGCUGGACUUAAGACAGCUGCACUAACUGGUUCAAUUGCUGCCGUGCCUACGUUGGUUGGAUGUCGUGUUAUUCCUUGGGCCAAACGUAACCUCAAAUACAAUGCUCAAGCACUGAUUAUAACGGCAGCAUCUAUUUCCGGUUUCAUCAUUACCGCUGACAAAAUCAUUCUACACAGUGCGAGAGGUAAUACUAUUGGCAAGUAUGAUAAGCCAGAAUGAUCCCCUUCUCUUGGUCUGAGCCACUAUCUAUGUUCAAGUUUGAUUUAUGGAAUGUUGCUGGUGCUUUGUUUCAACGAAAAUAUAAUGCAUGCUAAUUAUAUUUCUUCACUAGUUUUUGUUGGCCAGUAGAUACAUUUUUUUUCUCUUUUCUGUUGUCACGAUAAAUAAAUAAAUAAAUCUAUUUUUUUUUCUCUGAA